GAUUGCAGGAAGUGCGUGCGAAAGAAUGCGCAGAUAAUUUUUACCGCCGAGCUCAGUUUCAGCUGUUCAGUGAAAGAGAAAGCAAAAAAAGACAAUGAUACGACAUAAAAAGCGAACUUUUCCCAGUAAAACUUCAGUAUUCCUUGCCCAAGAACAAUGGCAAUAUUCAGGAAAUGCUUAUAAACGAUUAAGUCAGUUGCCAGAACAUGUGAUUGAGGAGAUAGGUGAGGGGAGUGGUAUCCCUGAGAUCGUAGCAGAGUUGGACUACUUUAGCACACACAUGGAUGCAGACGAUGAUCUGUGUUUAGAGAAUCUCAAGACUUUGUUGGGUAAUUUGAUGAACUUUGAACCCCGGAGAUCAAAUGAAGAGUCAAAUGCAGAUGAUGAACAACAAAAAUAUGCAGCACAGUUCUAUGAACAUGGUGGUGUUGAGGUAUUGAUGAGAAUUUUGAUGUUUAAUACACAGUUUCCACAGGCAUGUAAAAACAUCAAAGUUGGAUAUCCAGAGUCUGACCUGCUACUCAGAAUCAAGAGUCUGGUUUUGGAAAUUUUGACAAAAAUAUCUACAACUAGUAUCGGUGAUCAUGUGAUUAAUAUUCUAAUGGAGGAUGAUGAAGUACUGAAUUAUGUGUUUACAUUGUUAUCUCAUACAAAGACAUUUAUAAAUGCUUGUCAAUUGAUAGAGGAUAUGUUACAGUCUAAACGACAAGUGUUAGAUCUACAUAGAAUAACUAAUAUAAAGACACUGAUUCUAUCAUUGACUGACUCACAGCUUGCUAACUUCUGUAGAAUAUUGGCAGUGGCAAUAUCUGACCUUGAUAUUUACGAAAACAAAUCUUCAUUAUUUGCCCAGAAUAAACAGAAAAGAAGUCGAGGUUUUGUCAAUGUUAGAGAUAUUAAUCAAGAGUUGUUACUUGGUAUUCCAGAGUUACUGCCCAGACUUGUGAACUUGGCUGUAAUGAAAGAUUAUACCCCCAGAUACAGGGGAAUGGUGAGUGAGUUAGAUUGUUGGAUGGAAUGGAUAGAAAAUCAAAUGGCGGAGGAGGUAUAUGACACGCCCACAGUAGAUGAUGAUGAGGACUUUAUUGGGGGAAUCUCUGAGCCCACAUCAGCAGGUGGAGCUAUGAAUGUCCAGCAGGGCCUGAAGAUAACUGAGGAACUUGUACAGAGAGUAGAGGUGGUUUAUGUAUUGGGUCUCUUCUUAUUAGGAAAACAUCGGAAAAAGGUACAGAGAAAGCUGGCAGAACUGAAAUUAGCACCUGGUUUAAGUGAAUUGUUCGAUCAGUUUAUUUGGAAGUGUCAAGUAAGCCGAUACAGCAGCAGGAACAGAUUACGUGGACACAACGCAGCCUGUGAAUGUAGUCCUGAAGUGGCAUUAAAAAUCCAGUUUUUACGACUUGUACAUAGCUUCUGUGAUCAUUCUGAUUAUAAACAUUUGUUAUUAUCCAAAAAUGAGCUCAAUGAAGUUAAAAGAAUAAACACUAAAGCUGGUAAUUUAUCCUUACCUAACCUUGAUGCUGUAAAUAAAUCAUUAAUGUGCAAAGGAAGUAAAGGUCUGUUAACUAAAAUAGUAGAAGUUAUGAAGAAAGAACCCACAACAUCAACUUUCAGGUUCUGGCUGGCCAGAGCUGUCGAGAGUUACUUAAGAGGUAAUACAUCUUACUGUGAUCAGGUCUUCUUAAUGAGGAGAGGACUUCUACAACAUGUUGCAACAAACAUUGUGGAACAUGAAAUACGACACAAAGAAAUUCUACAAAGCAGUUUUGAUUUGUUGGGAGAACUUGUUAAAUUUAACAUUGAAGCAUUUAGAUCAUUUGAUGAAAUUCUCAAUACUUCACCCAAGUUUGAUAAGUUCACCAGUACGGUAAACAGGAACUUGGUUGAUUCUAAUAUGUUUAUCCGUAGUCUUAUAUUGUCCUUAGAACAUCUGACCAAUGAUGAGUCCCCGUGUAGAGAUUAUGCCAAAAAAGAAAACAAAUUGUUGAUGUAUAUAGGAGAUUUUAAUAAACAGUUGGAUUACCUGUAUAAACUGAUCAAAAUAAUCAAUGUACAGAAUCUCACACAGGAAAAUGUUAGCUGUUUAAACACGACUCUGGUUUUUCUGAUGUUUGCCAACAGGAAAAACCAAUUACCACGGUAUCUCCAGGCUCUCCGUGACGAGAAGGAAGACAUGAUGGACGUCAGUGGGUGUACAAAUCUAUUACGCAAUUUCAGAGAUUUGUUAAUAUUCUGGCAGGAUCAUUAUCUACACAAAGACAAAGACUGUAGCGCUUUAGAAAAGAGUUCUAGAAUCAGUUUUGACUACUGGAAACAAACUGUGUCGAUUCUAGUGGAUGAAAACAAAGACUUAACAACAGGAAUAUUACAUUACAUUACUCCUAUACCAUGUGAUAGACCAAACUGACACAAAAUAUCAAAUAAACUGUGAACAACAGUCAUGCAUAAUUAUACAAUCCUGUAGAUCACAUGAUUGACACAUUAGUUAUCAUGUGAUGUAAUCAUGUGAUGUAACAAAAUGGAGCUUGUAUCAAUGAAGUCUUUCACAUAAUUGAUGCAAAGAAAGGCAAAAUAUUUCUGGCGGCAGAUUCCUGAGCCUACAGCUUUUCUAAGAGUUUUUCGUAGAUGGAGGUGCCAGUUUAGAAGAUGUUUCACAAACGAAAAUGUUUUCUCCAAGUUGUUUUUAUUGUUUCUUUGUAAUUGAGGACAAUGAAAUGAAAAUCAUGAAAUGAUGGUUUAAAUCUAGUCUGGAUUUUGUCAUUGCUUUGAAAUAUUUUUUAUGACUUUGUAUAUAGUUGUUUUUUGUUAAUCCAUAUACAAGAAGUGCUAUUGUCAGAUCAGUCAAUAAUGCAAUCUAUAGAUUUAACAGUGCUACAGGGAUGCAUAAGUUAUCUUGUGAAUAUGUUAAAGCUGGCCUUUUUCCAGAGCUGCAGUACAUUGUAUAUGCCAUGUUACUUUUCAUGUUACUAUCUUGUUUUCCAAAACAUUCUUUUUAGAUUUCUUACAUCAUUAUUUUUGAAUGACAACCCUGAUAAGAUACAGGAUGUGUUAUGCAGAUUUUUUAUGAAUUUUCUCAAUUUUCUAUGAAGUUGGUCUAUCAUGAAAUUGACAUUUGGAAAUCUUGUGAUAUUUCUUUUACUUGAAUUAUUAGAGCAAUUAAGCUUGUUAAUUGCCAAUUAUUUAGUGUCUGUACAGCCUUAAUAAAUUUGAAACAGUCCUUUUGUGCUCUUACAUUUGUUAAAAAUAUUGACUUAUUUGAUUGUCUGAUUAAAUCUCGGUGAUGUUGAGCAGAAAUAGAAUUGUCACAGUAUUAUUCAGCUUGCAUAUGAAGCAGUCAAUGUCUUUUUCUAAGAUUUUUUUUUCUCCAAAUACAGCAUAAUAUAAUUUUCAAUAUUUUGUGAUUCACCAUUUUGAAGAAUAUUUGCAGGGUAUUAAACAUUUAUUUACAUUUCAACAUUGAUCAUAAUUAAUAUUCUCAUCCUAAUCACCUGCAUGAUACAGUAUUUACACUUGAAAUAUUUGUAUGAAAAUAAAAGAAUAAAAUUGAGUACAAGAUACAUAAAUGCAAUUUUCUGAGGGGCAUUAAAAAUCCAUUAGAGUACUUUGUAUUUAUGUUAGAACAAACUGUCACUUCUUCACACAAUAAGAGCUUUAACUGUAUGUUAUGUAAACAUUUCAUAUUGGAGCUUUGCUUCAUGAUGGAUAUUUAAAUGUUGUGUUCCUUUUAUAUUAUUUAUUUCAUUGUUUAUCUUCUUUUAUAAAAUGAAGUAUGUUUUGUGUGCUAAGAGCACAUACAAUUUUCUAAAUGAUGUAUUGUAAAUAAAUGUGUAUCAAAUUUUAUGCAAAGUGAAAUCUAAACAAAAAAAUUUGAUGUAUUAUAUAUAUAAAUAUUUAUUUGUGCCUGAUUUUAUUUCAUUUCUUUCUUAAUGAAAUUUGAUUAAAUUUUAGUUCAGUUUUGAUACAAAAAAAAAUCAGUAAUGGUUCUCAAAUCAGCCAGGAGAUGGUCAUUACUAUAGCAAAUCAACUAUUUUGUGUUUAUAUAAUUGUAACAUUAUUUUUAGUUAAUUCUACAGUAAUUUUUGCUAUUUUGCUUUUAAUUAUACUGUCAAACAGCAUCAAACAAAUUCCAGCCAAAUUUGAAAAUAUGAAUAUUGAUUUUAAGCAAAAUUCAGUUUAAAAACAAUACAUUAUACCGUGGUCUCUUGUGGAGAGUUGUCUCAUGGGCAAUCAUACCACAUAUUUUUCUAUUUCUUUGUACAUCUGGAUUCUCCAUAGACUCAGCAUUAUGUUCCAAUGUCCUUCUAAUGAAUUGAUGAUAUCUUCAUGUAGUAGGCAACUGCAUUUUACUGACACAUCUAGCUUUUUGAACCUCUGUUUGAUUGAGAUUCUCAUGUGUUUUAAGUGCUUAAACAUUGUCAUGAGAAUGCAUUAACCAUGAAGGAAUCUUUCUAUGCUAUCACUUAAUGUAUUUUAUAGGUUGUUUUAAUUUUUCCAUGACACGGGUGAAUGAAAACUGCAAUAAAUUGUAUGUUGUACAUAAAUCAUGCCAAAAUUUUUUAUGUUAAGUAGAUUUUUUCCUUCAUUGUACAUACACAUAAUCCUUCAUUGUAGAAAUCAUAGAAAUACAGAAAUUUUUAGUUUAUAUUUAUGUGAAGUUAAAAAGUAAUUCAAAUUUCAAAAAGCUGAGGUUUUUUUUCGAACAGCUUAGUAAUUUACAGAUUUCCUGUAAUAUUUGGAGAUAAGUGCAGAUUUUCAAACUUUUUACAAAACUUUUAGUAUUCAGAAACUUAAAUUGAGUAAUUUUAUUUACCUUUUUGCUUGAUUUAAGAGUGCGUAAGCAUUAGCAGGAAUUUUUUGUAAGAACAACACCGUUUGUUUUUGUUUAUAAAUAAUUGAAUAAUAUUCUCAAAAAUUCUUUGAAACAACUUCAUGGUAAAGAAGAAUACUUCAGAAUAUAUCAUUCAAUCAGGUUUCCAAGAUGCAAGUUCUUUUUCUAAAUGUAGUAAUGCUUGUACAUGAUGAAGUAAACUAUCCCAGCUGAUAAAGAGUAAAGAGGAUUCUAUGGUUGUCUGGAAUCAAGUGAAAAAGCUUACAUUGUAGUUCAAUCAUUUUUACCAGUAUUUAUGAGCUGUAAAUAUAUGUUAAAUGUUCCAAUCGAAGUAUAAAAACAAGUGUUCAUGUUUGAAUGGGGUUGUAUGACUUAACUGACAAAGGUUUAAAACAGAAUAAUGGGCUUUCAUUAUCAAGUCUCAAAGUGGAGUAUGAAGCAGUGUAUCUAUUUAGCUGUAAACAGUCAACAUAAAUCAUUUAUUAUGUGUGGAAUUAUAGAAAACAAUGCUUUGGCAAAAUGUGAAAAUGUUAGGUUUUUUUUGUGUUUUCUGAAUGAUGAUUAUCUAUGUGUAAAGAGCUGAAUGACCGUUGAAAGAUACCAUGGAGGUAUGAAUGGAAGAUAUUAAAAUGAAUUUUUGUGUAAAUGUAUUUUUAUCCCAGUUUGAUAUUAGAACCCAGAUAGAGCAGCCUCAAAAAAAAAAAGAUGGCUGUAAUCUUGUAAGAAGGCAUUAAAACAAAAUGUCCGAUAUUUCCAACUUAAUUAUAAAUUUCAUACUAGCUUGUUUCUCAAUAUCAGGAUUAUAAAAAAAAAGUUUUGACUAGGCAUUCAUUCUAUCACAACAAAAGAACAUUUAUUGAUCUCAAUGACAAGUUGGAAUUAUUUAUAGCAUCAUAAUUCUCUAUUAAUCUUGACUUGUCAUUUGGUCUCUGAUGGAAAAGUAUCAAUCAAACCACAUCUUAUUUUAUAACCUAAAAUUAAAACUUUUGUUAAGGAGCCAGGAGUGGAUUUUUUUUUACUGAUCUGCUGGUUGAUGUAAUAUUUUAUGUAUGACCUUUUGUGUUUGUAGAGAGAAUGAUAACCUUUUUACUAUAGAUGAAUUUUGAUAUAAUACAAAUAAUUCACAGUGUGCUUGAGAUGAAUGUAGUUUGAAUGGAAGAUGAUGUAUUAUAUGGUCAUUAAAUUAUUAUAAUAUAUAUGUAAAUUUAUCAAAUAAAAU